AUGGCCUCCUCGCACGCCGCUGUUGCUGCCGGCACCGCGUCGCCCACCAAGAGACGCGCCGCCUUGGCCCCGCUGGACGCGAACGCGAUGCCUUCCUCCCCCAAGGCAUUCUCGACCAAGGACGGCCUCGUGUCUGCCCCUGUGCCUCCCUCACUCAAGGCCAAGAGCCCCCUCGCCUCUUCUUCUCCUGCGGUGUCGUGGUCCGCGUCCGCGGCGCUGGCCGUCGGCAAGAGGCCCGCCGGCGAGGACGCCGCCGGUUCGGCUGGACGGCCGCCGGCCAAGAAGCCGUGCCUCGAAGAGCGUGACGAUGACGCGAACCAGCAGCACCGGCCGUCGCGCUCCCAGAGCCCCGACUCCGUUUCCAUCUUCGACACCUCGGCCGGCGAGGGCGAUUCCUCGUGGGCCACCGCCGCGACGGAUCUAGACUACAAUGCUGUGGCCGCCGCCCUCGCCCGCCCGCUACCCCGGCCGAGCCUGACGCGAGAGCAAGCAAGAGAGAAAGCAGAGAUCCUCCGUCUGCGCCUCGGGCUCGCGUCGUACAAGGUCCGCACCGGGCAGGAAGCCGUCCCGCUGGCCGAGCUGCGGCGCCUGCCCCUCUCGCCGGCGGGCCGCCGCACCGUCCGCGUUCAGAGCCCCGCGCCGUCCCACACCACCGCCGCCGCCGCCGCCGCCGCCGAUGAGAACCAUGCCAAGAACAAAGAGAGGGACGAGGACGAGGGGGAGGACGAGGACAACGAUGAUGACGAUUCGCAGUCGCAGAUCCUGCCGCAGUCUCAGCAGUCGGCAUCCACACACGUAUCCGCGUCCACUACCUGCGACUUUGACGCCUCCGUGACGAUAGCCGCCACGCCGCCGCCGCCGAACGAACAUGACAUGAAACAACAACUACAACAACAAGGCGAGGGGGAACAAAAGGCACAUACAGAAGGCCGGAAGGAAGUGCAGGAGCAGGACACGAAGGGCGAGCUCACGGGCGGCGCCGCAACGGGCCUCCUCAGCCUGGCCAUGGCGAGCAUGAGCUAG